CUAUUAGCCCCAUUGUACCAACCCGGAAUUUUCCCGAGAGUGGAAGUUCUCCCCUUAUUAGACAUUCUCUGCUACUGCUUUGCAAAUUCGAAACCCAAGCCCAUAAACGGACAACACAAAAGCAAAAGCCCACAACACAAAUGCAAGAUGGGCAAUAUUACAAGCAUUGCAGCCAAGCUACAUAUCACGGUCUAAGGAUCAAAUCAGGUUGCACAUCAUCAAACAACAGUAGAGGAAGCCCUAUUUGCGUACUGUCUGUGGGGUGUAUAUAUGUGAGAGACAAAGACAGUAUACAAUCAGUGCGGCAGAAUGAAGCACCUCUGUUGGUCCACACUGUUGCUCUGUGUUUUUGCCAAUGCAGAGAACAAUGCAGUGUGGCAAGAGGCUGGCAAGAACGUCACCUUAAAGUGUUCCUCCGCUGGAUGUCCCAGCAGCAUUGAAGGGUAUGAUGGGAUGUAUCUGUAUCACAGUCGAGAUCAAGAUCAUAAGCAGCAGAAAGAGGUGCUUUACUAUCACCCCUAUCCAGGAGCAACUGACAAAAUAACCCCGCGAAUUGGAUACACAGGCAGGAUUGAGACAAAAGGAUCACUGUUGAACCACAACAUCACCAUCAGCAACCUGACCGUGAACGACUCUGGUUUCUACAGUUGUGUCUACAUCAAAAAUAUUCAUGUCCCAUGCAGCACCUACACACUUUUCAUAAGCGGAGUGGUACCAUGUUCCACAGCAGCAGCAGAAGUGUCUCGUGUCCCUGUCAAUGAGAAAAGUCUACCUCUGGUCCUAAUCAUUAUCGCCGCCUGCACCGUCAGCACCCUAGUAAUUGUGAUGUUGAUCCUGCUGAUAGUCCCGAGGGUGAAACGAUGGACUAGCAGAAGAAGAACAAGAACAAGAAGUGUUUCGCAAGUCUCCAGUGAUUAUGUGUAUGAAGUUAUGAACGGCUUUCUCCGUGCUCAAAAGCAGCAGUCGCCGCCAAACCCGUAGGAUUGUGCUUGGUAUUGCUUGGCAUCAAAAAUGAUUUUUCUUGGUGGCCGUCUUCUUCUUGAGGGUUGGUUUACGUGUUUGACUGUUUGUGAUUUUAAUCAACACAUCAGACAAAAUGUAAAAUACAUGUUUAAUAGCUAAACAUGGAGUAUUAAAUCUCUAUAUUUGACUGAUUGAUCAAAAGUAAUAUAAUACAUGCUUAAAUAAUGUUCUUCAUGUCUCAUAUCGUAUUAAAAUGGUUUAUUAACUCACAUAAUUAAUCCAUACAUAACUACGACACACGCGAGGCAUUACUGGAAAUUGCGUGGGCUUGCAGGGGCUUAUGCUCUAUAAAAAAUACAAACAAAAUGUAUGCGAGAAACAAAACCGAGAGCUAAAACUAGGCUAUAUGAUGAGCAAGUAAGAGAUGCAACACUGGUGCAGGAGGCUGAAAUCGCACCGGUCUGAUCAGUCAGAUUAUUGAUUUGAUUAGAUUUACCAUAAGACACAAUAUGUGGCUAUAUUUUUGAAGGUUGUUUAUGACAGCUGUGAGGAAGUACAAACCACAUACUUAACAGGAGGGGGUAGGUGUAAAUGUGUGGGUGGUUUGCAUGUCUAAGUUUUCACACAAUAUUUAUAUUAAUACAAAUCUAAUGUAACCAUAUAUUCAUAAUGGAGUUAAUUAGGCAUGAUUAUGUUAAAUGGAAAACAUAAAAACGAGAAUGAUGAUGGUGAAAAAGGUGGUGAUGAUAAUUGUUACCGUAAAUUAAAAGCUAUUAGUAAGGCAAUUCAUGUUUUAUUUUAUUGUGAUAAUUCUUGUUUCUGGUUCAGUGUUUUUGCUUUUAUAGUUUUUUCUUCUGCAUAUAAGGCAUAUACUGUACUGUAUAUAAUGCAACAUUUGUGCUGUAAAUUCAUCUAAUGUACUUCACGUGACAUUUAGGCCUAUUCUGUGGUAUUUAUACCUUCAACUUUUGACAACAUGGUGGGAUUUGGUGAGAGUGUUGGUCUUUAGAGGAAUACAUACUGAAAGAUGGUUACAGCUGUGACACCUUUACCGCAGUUCAAAACCACCUAUUUGCAGACUUUUUUCUAUUUGGUCUGUGUUCUCCAGAAGCUGUCUGCUGUCUAUCCUCUGCUUGUUGUUACUUCUCUGUUUUUUACAACUGCCUCCUUUGUCUUGAUUCAUUGAUUUUUAUUUGAUGACUAGAUGACCCUCUUUUGAAUUGAUACGCUUCCUGAAAUGGUCAUUUUUAACAUGUACAUGUCUGGAGUAUUAAAAAAAAUGACCCCUUAAAUUCCUUUUUUGUCUUUUUGUAAUUGAAGAGCUGACAUACAAGGAGGUGGCAGCAAGAGUCAAACUAACUCUGGACCACAUGUCAGGUUAUGCAAAUAAAAUAAAAUAAGUUUUAAAACCA